GAUUAAGAUGGGUAGGGACAGACAGGGUAUUGACAGAGGUGCUUGUUCCAGAUGUGACUGUGGAGAAUAUGUCCCUAACUCUAGAUCCAGCACAGUCAACCAGAGAUGUGGUUACUGUGGUCACUACCCACCUCACCACUGGGAGAAACCCUCACUUCAACCCGACACCGGGUCAGACUCUCAACCUCCUGAAACCCAGGGUACAGUAACUAGGGUCAUUUCUGGGUCCUGGACUAUUCUUGGCACUUGCGUACAAAAUAUGGUGACGCUGAAAUUCUAUAUUAUUAAAAUGUUGACGAUAGUGAUAAAAUGGAUAUUUAGACAGAGUUUGGCACCCGCACGAUUCAUCGUGCUCAUCUACAUGUUUAUACAGCCAACAAGAUUUUAUAUUCAAAUACAUUGUGAAUCACAAGGGCACAGCGGCAGUGUUUCAGUAAUGUUACAAAUGGUCUACAUAUUUGCGUUAUCGCUAGGACUCCUAUUCUCCUACUCCUUAGAGCAAUCCCCCGCUGAGUACUACAAGUCCUGGCUCAGAAUGGCUCUCUUGGUUACUGCUAUCUUUCUCUUACUGCUCUACUGGGUUGAUGCUGUCUACAGAGUGGCUCUAUUUAUCAAUACCUCAAGCCCCCCUCUGGAGAUCAUACAAACUUUAUUUCAACCUUUAUCCAAGAUAUUGAAACUGUUGAACCUACCUGAGUUUUGGAAUUGAAUGAUUUUAAUUGUGUAUGUUAGGUAAAGGUUUAUGAAAUCAGUUUAAAUAAUUUAAAUUCAAUAAUUUAUAAAGUUUUAAAUGUCUAAACUAAUCCCAUAUCACCCUGUUUUCAUGCUAGGUUUUCAGAUUUUCACAAAGCUUUUAAGGGAGUAUUUGAUAAUUGAUUUCACCGUCCUAUUAUUUCAUUCUAAACUUUCUUCGCAAUAUUUGAUUUAUUUGUCAUUUUUAGCAACAAGGGAUCAUUUAAAAAAUACUUCAGCAACUUUCUGUUAAUUUUAUACCCCCUUCCCAUCAAAGGUAGUAAAUCACAAUUCAAUUACAUUGACUCUGUAAGAAUCAGUAAAUGUAAAAUGUGUAUAAAAUAUAAUCUGUAAAAUUGAUGAUAAAAAGUCUGGUUAACCAC